CCCCCAUCCGCAACAGACGCCGAUGUGCGAACACUGAUCAGCGGAGUGCGUUUCCUAUAUUGAUUUCUGUAGAACUCGUCUAUCUCCUGAGUCACCCGUACGGGGUACCUUCUUCUCCGAACCAUCCGGUCGAAGCAGUCAUGGGCUUUGAUUCAACUGAGAUCCGUUUCCGGUCCAUAGCCACCUGGAUCUGCCCUUCCUCCGUCCUGAGCAUCCCCGAAAAUGAAGCUACACCUAUGAUCCUUCUGCUGGUUGCUAAUGCUGAUGUUCCUGCACGCUUGGAGAAACACCUCGGAAGUCCCGAGAAUUCCUGGCGGAUGACACGCAUACAAAAUUCACCCAGCUGGAUUUAUCUAGAUCUUGCACAUGUUCUUGGUCAUUGGAGUGAUGUGUGGUUGCGGGUUCAACGGGCCCUCAUCUAUCGCGACGCCCAGACACAUGGCAAGAUCCAGGGACCGCCAGUGUUGCAAUUCACUAGGCAACUUCAUCGAGAUAAUGCUAAUAUUAUCGUCUUACAAGAGAAUCUACGUCUGCAUAUCGCUGCCCUGGAGCGUUUUGAGCAAUUUGUGAAACGGAGCCAGCAAUGGGAGCCGAAAUUAGUCGCAGAAGACCAUCAGGAUGAGCUGAAUGAGCGGAUCGAGAACCUGCUUGGAAGCUUGAGAAAUUAUCAGGAGACUUCUAAUGUUGUCCUACAACAAUGGAAGACGCUCCUGAGUUUGGUGGGUACAGAACAGCCAAAACCCGAACGAAUCGCUGCCCACAUUGAUGCUUAAGUGCUGAUCAAGGUUCGGUUGUAGGCCUUUAACACAGAGACUGUGUCUCAAGGCCAAGCGGUAGCACGGCUAAACACGCUUGCUUUUGCCUUUAUUCCGUUAUCUUUUGCUUCUGUGAGUCUAUUGCGAAUAAUUGCCUUUGGAAAAUUGGCCGGUAUACUCAUAUUUCCUUUGCAAGUCUCUAUUCGCCAUCCCUGGAUUUCCUGCACCCAUUCAGUGGUAUCCAUUGUGGGCAUUUGUAACUUUUAUCGUCGCCAUUGCAGCAGCAUAUAUCAGCAGGAAAAUACGGAUGUCAAAUUUUAACUCUCGAUCCUGGAGAAAAUGGAGGUUAGCACGUUUUGGACCUGUAGGAGACGAAGAGUCCCAGAUGAAUGACAGUAGUAGUCACAGCCCGCACGCCGGUGGUGGCCAACAACAUAUCGCCGUUAACCUUCAUGAUGCCUUGGAUACAAAUAAGAAGUCCC